GAGAAGAAAUUUGUUAAGGACGCCAGCGGCAGGUGACGGGCAGCGGAGGGGACGCAGGAGUCCGCAGCCUCCUCCCUGUGGCCAAGCCAGAACACAGGAAGACGCGGUUUCCUUUGCUGUCUCUGGUAGCCGGACUGGGCCGGGGCUCUAGGGACGCUGCCGAAGGAGCACAUGGGAAGGAGCGGCUGGCCCCUGUUUACAACAUGCCUUCCUGCAUCCCGAGGGAAAUCGCCCCGCGGCAACAUGCACAGCAAGGAGCUCACCGAGAUCUCCAUCCUCAACUCGCAGCCCAAAGUGGACAUCCUGUGGGAGCCCCCCUCCGAGAACCUGCGCAAGCUCAAGGAGCGCAAAGAGCUGGUGGAUCAGAAGAAGAGGCUCUCCGCCUGGAUCCUGGUUUUGGCGCUGCUCGGCAUCGUCCUGAUGGUCAUACACACCGAACUGAUCCCUGUGGCCGCCUGCGAGUGGUUCGUCUACCUGUUCCUGAUGAAAUGCAGCAUAACCAUAUCCACCAUAGUCCUUCUUAUCCUGAUCAUCACCUUCCAUGUCAAGGAGAUCCAGGUCUUCAUGAACGACAACUCUCUGGUGGACUGGCGGAUUGCUGUCAAUGCCAAGAAAUCUGUCUGGAUUUUAGUGGAAAUCGCCGUUUGUGCCAUCCAUCCGUUCCCCUAUGAACAGCAUUGCCAAGGACAGGGAGGGUCAAACUCUCUCAAGGAGCCUAUGAUCUUUCUCAGCAACCUGGAUAUUUUCUUGUCCAUCUUGAUGUUCUUACGGGUCUACCUAUUACCUAGGACUGUACUGCUCCACAGCAAGGUGCUGGUAGACGCCUCUUAUCGGAGUAUAGGGUCCCUCAAUAAAAUCAAAUUUCAGUAUCCGUUUGUCAUAAAGAUCCUCAUGAACACCUGUCCAGGCCGAGUUCUGCUCACGUUGACCAUCAGCCUGUGGGUCGUCUCCUCCUGGAUCUUGUCCGUGUGUGAGAGGGGAAAUUCUCCUGAAAGCAGUAAUAUGACAGACACCAUGUGGCUCAUCCCAAUCACUUUCCUGACCAUCGGCUAUGGGGACAUGGUGCCGCAUAGCGUCUGUGGCAAGAUGGUGUGCCUGUUCACCGGAGUCAUGGGAGUCGGGUGUACAGCUCUCAUAGUCGCUGUAGCUGCUCAGAAACUGGAGUUCACCAAGGCUGAAAAGCACGUACACAACUUUAUGAAGGACAUACACUACAUGAAGCAGAUUAAAUCUGCGGCGGCGAAUGUGCUCGGAGAGGCCUGGCUGCUCCACAAACACACUAAGCAACGGGACAGCACCAAAAUACGACAGCACCAGAGGGAUCUGCUGGCGGCCAUUCACAUAUUUCGCCAUAGGAGGAUAAAACAUAAAAACCUAAAAGAUCAGGUGAAUGCCAUGGUGGAUAUCUCUAAGAUGCAAAUGAUCAUGACUGACCUGGAUUACAACUUCACCUCUUCCCACCAAGACUUGGAGAAGAGGAUCGACCAACUGGACAAGAAGCUGGACGACCUGAGCCGUCUUAUCAUGACAGCCCUGGAAUCCCCUCAGAUAUCUCACUGACACAAGAUGUCCCCCUUCCUGGACUUUGUUUACCACUGGAGAAUUGUCUUCCACUGUACUGCCCCCCUUCGUUGUCGGAAGGGUGGUGGGACACAACAAUGACAAUCUGGCUGCUUUUAGAACAUCAAUAGACUGAUGAACUUAGAUGAACUUACUAGACGACCACUUCCAAACUGCCUUACUCUUUGGAAUAAAGAGCACUUGUGGACUAAUGAUUCUCAUGGGACGCUUAAAGGAUAAACUGACACAUCCAUCGUGAGGUGGAAUAAAUGUAUUUAAAAAUGGGAGAUUUAUGAUGUAGAUAUGAGAUGAACAUAAAAUGAUAUGCAGUACAGCAAGCACUUUCUGUGUCCU